UAAGGGAACGUGGCUUUCCCCGCAGCGUCCGUCUUCCUGUGUGCGUCUCUGCUGCGGCGGCCGGAGCAGGAGUGGGACCCCGAGCGCAGCGUCGCCAUGGACUCGGCCCUCAGCGACCCGCACAACGGCAGCGCCGAGGCAGGCGGCGCGGCCAACGGCACGGCGCGGCCGCCUUCAACGCCCGAGGGCAUCGCGCUGGCCUACGGCAGCCUCCUGCUCAUGGCGCUGCUGCCCAUCUUCUUCGGCGCCCUGCGCUCCGUGCGCUGCGCCCGCGGCAAGAACGCCUCGGACAUGCCGGAGACCAUCACCAGCCGGGACGCCGCCCGGUUCCCCAUCAUCGCCAGCUGCACGCUUCUGGGGCUCUAUCUCUUUUUCAAAAUAUUUUCCCAGGAGUACAUCAACCUCUUGCUGUCCAUGUAUUUCUUCGUGCUGGGGAUCCUGGCCCUGUCCCACACCAUCAGCCCCUUCAUGAAUAAGUUUUUUCCAGCCAACUUCCCAAAUCGACAGUACCAGCUGCUCUUCACGCAGGGCUCUGGGGAGAACAAGGAAGAGAUCAUCAAUUAUGAGUUUGACGCCAAGGAUCUGGUGUGCCUGGGCCUGAGCAGCAUCGUGGGCGUCUGGUACCUGCUGAGGAAGCACUGGAUCGCCAACAACCUCUUUGGCCUGGCCUUCUCCCUCAACGGGGUGGAGCUCUUGCACCUGAACAACGUCAGCACCGGCUGCAUCCUGCUGGGCGGGCUCUUCAUCUACGACGUCUUCUGGGUGUUUGGCACCAAUGUGAUGGUGACAGUGGCCAAGUCCUUUGAGGCACCAAUAAAAUUGGUGUUUCCCCAGGACUUGCUGGAGAAGGGCCUCGAAGCGGACAACUUCGCCAUGCUGGGACUCGGAGAUAUCGUCAUUCCAGGGAUCUUCAUUGCCUUGCUGCUGCGUUUUGACAUCAGCUUAAAGAAGAACACCCACACGUACUUCUACACCAGCUUCGCAGCCUACAUCUUCGGCCUGGGCCUUACCAUUUUCAUCAUGCACAUCUUCAAGCACGCCCAGCCUGCCCUUCUAUACCUGGUCCCCGCCUGCAUUGGCUUUCCUGUCCUGGUGGCACUGGCCAAGGGAGAAGUGACAGAGAUGUUCAGCUACGAGUCCUCGGCGGAAAUCCUGCCUCACACCCCGAGACUCACCCACUUCCCCACAGUCUCGGGCUCCCCAGCCAGCCUGGCCGACUCCAUGCAGCAGAAGCUAGCUGGCCCUCGCCGCCGGCGCCCGCAGAAUGCCAGCGCUCUUUAUGAGGAGUCAGAUCCUAAGGAUCCAGCAGCAGUGACAGAGGGAUCCAAAGAGGGAACAGAGACCUCGGCGUCGAAGGGGCUGGAGAAGAAGGAGAAUUGAUGCGGCUGGUGCCUGACCCGCUGAGGGCCAGGCAGGCAGGCGAGGACGGACCAGCACAGGCCUGCUCGGGCAGAGGGCGCAGGAGGCCUGGCAGCUCCGGGAGCGGGGCCUCCCGUGGCCUGGUUCCCUCUUCCCCCUUCUCUGGCCUUCUCUGCCCCUUCGCACCCCCUGCAGGCAAAGGAAGCCCCCAACCUCCCCCACCCUCCCAGAGGCCACGUGGGGAAAGUGGGUCUGAUUUUUAGAUUUUUGUAUUGUGGACUGACUUUGCCUUACAUUAAAAAUUCAUCCCGUCGCCCGGGCAGGCCACGUGCCCCUGGAGGGGUUCUUUGCACCCAG